UCUACACGUGCGAUUUAAGCGACAGCGUUUUUUAAUUUGUACAAAACAUGGAUGAAAAAACGUUAAUAGAAACCGUUUACGAACACAAACGAGAUGAAUAUCCACCUACGCUGGUGAAUUUUCAGAAUGGCUCAUUAGAAAGCAAUGCCGAUUACAGUGUGAUAGAGUCCAAGCGUAGCCGGAAUUCACGCAAACGCUCACUGGUUCUGGCAGGCGAAAGUAUUUAUUUGGGAGACUUGCAUGAACAGAAUAAUAGCCAAGAAUAUGACACUUAUAUAUGCAUACGCAACAAGUCCAGCAACAAGGCGAAAUUAAUACCCGUAAACCAAGCGCUACUAUCUAAUAAUAUAUACGAUAAUGUUGCAUUAAGCAAACAAACUGUACUGAGCAAAGAACAUGCCGCAAAAAAACUGCUCAAGGAAUUUGGUGGACGCAAGGCCUCACGCUAUGUGGCCAAUCGUGAACAGAUGAUGGUCAAUGUGGAUGUGGUGCGUAGGGAUCUAGACGAAACAGUACAGAGUUCUGCACAGCAUGAAGUUGACGAUGAGGAAGACGACACUUUGGCUGACGUAAGCACUAGCAAUGUGGAGUAUCUGGCCAGCAUAGUGCCGAAGUUUGAUAAGGCAGCAACAAAAGUAAACGAAGUUUAUGAUGUAGAGGAUGUGGUCCCGCGUGCGCUCCUCGAGCGUCUAGACGAAGAAGCCAAGAGCGUAUUUGCCGCACCGCUGGAUUCGCUGCCCAUUGAAUCAGAUUAUUUGCGCGAGUGCAUUAAGCGCUUGCAGGAGAAAGCAGUUACCUCCAAGCUGGACUAUUUGCACAUUAAGCUAAUAAUCUACAUGGAUGCUUUACAGUCUUUGAUAGCGCUACGCAAGCGACAAAUGAAAUAUGUUGAACUGUCGCGCAUAUCGGAAAAAGUUGAGAAUGAUAUACGGCAACGCUUUGCGGAUCCUAAUUUGGUCAAGUCUUGCUCGCGCACCACAUUCAGCACAGAAAAGGCACUCACGCAUUUUAUUGUCCUGGCCUUGCUCAUCAGCGACAAAUACGAAGUGGACGUUAAUGAACUAUCUCGUAUUUUGCGCACAUCCAAGCAGCGUAUAAAAACUUAUGCCCAUAUUGUAAAUGCGCGACCAAAGUCUCGCUCGGAUGUGCUAUCCUUGCGUUUGCCCAGUACAGUGCCACCAUUAGCAACUGGCAGACGUUUCCAACGCAAAAAGUAAUUGCGUGCUUUUACCCUAUAUCGAUGAUUGCAGCGGCAUCGAUUAAACAAUUUAGGGGGCACAUAGUGGUUGAACUCAAGGACGUUUCUAUGUUUACAUUAAUUUUAUUUAGAUUUUAAUUUGAAAUUUGUGAGUAACCUUUUAACGUUUCUAUGUUAGUCAUAAAACUCACAAAUAAAAAUAAUACAUGAAUAAUAUUUCGUUAUUUUUUUCUUUCUUUUCAUAUUGCUAAACAAUUGGAAAUUUAGCUGCAAGUAUCGACAAUGCUUGGCUCGUCGUCGUUGUUUGUAGUUAGUUCAAAAAAUAUGUUGAACCCAUUUUGG